UCGGAGCCGCGCCGAACUGCGCAGGGCGGUCAGGGGACACACGUGAAAAAUUACUGAUAGUUUUGGAGUAUGCGGACAUCAGCAUUGUUUAAGUACCAGUCUCAGAAAGGAGUCACACCCCAUGGGUUUGUGUGGUAAAUGAACUUCUUGGCAUAGAAGGGAAUUAAAAAAUGAUGGCUUCAUUCCAGCGCUCCAAUAGUCAUGACAAAGUAAGGAAAAUAGUUGCAGAGGAGGGUCGUACAGCAAGAAACCUAAUAGCUUGGAGUGUUCCUCUAGAAAGCAAAGAUGAUGAUGGAAAAUCUAAAUGUCAAACUGGUGGAAAAUCAAAGAGGACAAUUCAAGGCACUCAUAAAACGACAAAACAGAACACUACAGUAGACUGUAAAAUAACGUCAUCUACAACUGGAGAUAAACACUUUGAUAAAAGUCCCACUAAAACAAGGCACCCUCGGAAAAUUGAUCUAAGAGCUCGAUACUGGGCAUUUCUUUUUGACAAUCUUCGCCGGGCAGUAGAUGAAAUCUAUGUAACUUGUGAAUCAGAUCAGAGUGUGGUGGAAUGUAAGGAGGUGUUAAUGAUGCUGGAUAACUAUGUAAGAGAUUUCAAAGCAUUGAUUGACUGGAUUCAACUUCAGGAAAAGCUAGAGAAGACAGAUGCUCAAAGCAGACCAACUUCAUUGGCAUGGGAAGUAAAGAAGAUGUCCCCAGGACGUCAUGUGAUUCCAAGUCCGUCAACAGAUAGAAUAAGUGUAACGUCAAAUGCUCGAAGAAGCUUAAAUUUUGGGGGUUCACCUGGCACAGUGGCUGCUCCACGUCUGGCUCCCACAGGUGUCAGUUGGGCUGACAAGGUAAAGGCUCAUCAUACAGGUUCUACUGCUUCUUCGGAUGUAACACCUGCCCAAUCUUGCCCACCAAUGACAGUGCAGAAGUCUUCUCGCAAAAAUGAACGGAAAGAUGCUGAAGGAUGGGAAACUGUUCAGAGAGGAAGGCCUGUUCGUUCACGAUCAACAGCAGUGAUGCCAAAAGUUUCAUUACCAACAGAAGCAUUAAGGUCAAAGGAUGACAGUGAUAAAGAAAAUGUAUGUCUUUUACCUGACAAAAGUAUUCAGAAAGGUGAAUUUGUUGGAGGUGGACCUUCUAAUACUAUAGAAUCUCAGCUCAAAGACUCAUUACACUCAUGUGAUCAUCCUCUUGCAGAGAGAACCCAGUUCACAGUGAGUACACUGGAUGAUGUCAAGAACUCUGGCAGUAGUUUCUUACAAGACAAUUCUGUGCAAACUUCUGAAAUACCUGCCGUUCACAUUGAUACAGAGGGUGUUUCAGUUACUCAGCAAGCUGACACACCUUUGCAAGCAAGUGAAGACAAAUUUUCAGAAGAGAAAGCAAGAAUAGAAAGUGAAAUGGAUCCUUCAGAUAUUUCAAAUGUGAGUGCUGCUAACUUGUCUAUGGCAGAAGUUCUUGCUAAAAAGGAAGAGCUAGCAGAUCGUCUAGAAAAGGCCAAUGAAGAAGCCAUUGCUAGUGCUAUUGCUGAAGAGGAACAGUUAACUAGAGAAAUUGAAGCUGAAGAAAACAAUGAUAUCAAUAUUGAAACUGACAACGACAGUGAUUUUUCUGCCAGCAUGGGCAGUGGAAGUGUAUCUUUCUGUGGUAUGUCUAUGGAUUGGAAUGAUGUCCUGGCAGAUUAUGAAGCUCGUGAAUCUUGGCGCCAAAAUACAUCCUGGGGGGAUAUUGUAGAGGAGGAACCUGCUAGACCUCCAGGACAUGGAAUUCACAUGCAUGAAAAACUUUCCUCACCAUCUCGUAAAAGAACAAUUGCAGAAUCUAAGAAGAAACAUGAAGAAAAACAAAUGAAAGCACAGCAGCUAAGGGAAAAGUUACGUGAAGAGAAAACAUUAAAGCUUCAGAAAUUGUUAGAAAGGGAGAAAGAUGUCCGGAAGUGGAAAGAAGAGUUACUAGACCAACGACGUAGGAUGAUGGAAGAGAAAUUACUUCAUGCUGAAUUUAAACGAGAGGUGCAGUUACAAGCAAUUGUUAAAAAAGCACAAGAGGAAGAAGCUAAGGUCAACGAAAUUGCCUUUAUAAAUACCCUCGAAGCCCAGAACAAACGCCAUGAUGUUUUAUCAAAAUUGAAGGAAUAUGAGCAGAGGCUUAAUGAGUUACAGGAAGAGCGUCAGCGAAGACAGGAAGAAAAGCAAGCACGUGAUGAAGCUGUUCAGGAACGUAAGAGAGCUCUAGAAGCAGAACGGCAGGCCCGUGUAGAAGAAUUGUUAAUGAAGAGGAAAGAACAAGAAGCCCGAAUUGAGCAACAGAGGCAAGAAAAGGAAAAGGCCCGUGAAGAUGCUGCCCGGGAAAGAGCUAGAGACAGGGAAGAACGAUUGGCAGCACUCACAGCUGCUCAACAAGAAGCUAUGGAAGAGCUACAGAAAAAAAUUCAGCUCAAGCAUGAUGAAAGCAUUAGAAGGCACAUGGAACAGAUUGAACAAAGAAAAGAAAAAGCUGCUGAGUUAAGCAGUGGACGACAUGCAAAUACUGAUUAUGCCCCCAAAUUGACCCCUUAUGAAAGAAAGAAGCAGUGUUCUCUCUGCAAUGUCCCGAUCUCUUCAGAGGUGUAUCUUUUUAGCCACAUUAAAGGAAAAAAACACCAACAAGCUGUGAGAGAAAAUAGCAGCAUCCAAGGGCGUGAACUUUCAGAUGAGGAAGUGGAGCACCUUUCCUUAAAGAAGUAUAUUAUUGACAUUGUGGUUGAAAGUGCAGCUCCACCAGAGCCUUUGAAAGAUGGAGAAGAGCGGCAAAAAAACAAAAAAAAAGCCAAAAAGAUAAAAGCCCGGAUGAACUUCAGGGCCAAGGAAUACGAGAGUUUACUGGAAACAAAAAAUUCUGGCUCAGACUCACCGUAUAAAGCGAAGCUUCAGCGAUUAGCCAAAGAUCUUCUAAAACAACUACAAGUACAAGACAGUGGCUCAUGGGCAAACAAUAAGGUUUCUGCUUUAGAUCGUACCCUUGGUGAGGUCGCUAGAAUAUUGGAAAAAGAGAAUGUGGCAGAUCAGAUUGCAUUUCAAGUUGCUGGUGGAUUAACAGCCCUUGAACACAUUCUUCAAGUAGUGGUCCCAGUCACAAAUGUGAACACAGUUUCACGAAUUCCUCCUAAGUCUCUCUGCAAUGCAAUCAAUGUUUACAACCUCACCUGCAAUAACUGUUCAGAAAACUGCACUGAUGUUCUGUUUAGUAACAAGAUUACCUUCUUAAUGGACCUCCUCAUACACCAGUUGACGGUUUAUGUUCCAGAUGAAAAUAAUGCUAUUUUGGGAAGAAAUACAAAUAAGCAAGUUUUCGAAGGCUUGACAACUGGACUUCUCAAAGUCAGUGCUGUGGUUUUUGGCUGCCUGAUUGCCAAUCGACCAGAUGGAAACAGCCAGCCAAUUACACCAAAAAUAUCAACACAGGAAAUGAAAAGCAAACCCUCACAAGGUGAUGCUUUUAACAGUCGAGUUCAGGACCUCAUCAGCUACGUGGUGAACAUUGGUCUGAUCGACAAGCUUUGUGGCUGCUUCCUCUCGGUGCAAGGCCCAGUGGAUGAGAAUCCCAAAAUGGCCACAUUUCUGCAGCAUGCUGCAGGGCUCUUACACGGAAUGUGCACGCUGUGCUUUGCGGUCACCGGAAGGUCACACAGCAUAUUUGACAAUAAUCGCCAAGAUCCCACAGGACUGACAGCUGCUCUUCAGGCCACAGACCUGGCUGGAGUUCUGCAUAUGCUCUACUGUGUCCUCUUCCAUGGCACAAUCUCGGACCCCGGCACUUCUAGUCCCAAGGAGAGUUACGCUCAGAACACAGUCCAAGUGGCCAUUCAGAGUUUACGUUUCUUCAACAGCUUUGCAGCUCUUGAUCUGCCUGCUUUUCAGUCUAUUGUAGGGGCAGAGGGCUUGUCCCUUGCAUUCCGGCACAUCGCCAGCUCCCUACUGGGCCACUGCAGCCACGUCUCCUGUGAAAGCCUCCUUCAUGAGGUCAUCGUCUGUGUGGGCUACUUCACUGUCAACCACCCAGAUAACCAGGUCAUCGUGCAGUCCGGCCGCCACCCGACGGUGCUGCAGAAGCUUUGCCAGUUGCCCUUCCAGUAUUUCAGUGACCCACGGCUGAUCAAAGUGCUGUUCCCUUCACUUAUCGCUGCUUGUUACAACAAUCUUCAGAACAAGAUCAUUCUGGAGCAGGAGAUGAGCUGUGUUCUCCUGGCCACGUUCAUUCAGGAUUUUGCACAGACUCCAGGUCAGGCAGAUACUCAGUCUUAUCAGCCCAAAGGAAAAUGUCUUGGUUCCCAAGACUAUCUUGAGCUGGCUAACAGAUUUCCUCAGCAGGCCUGGGAAGAAGCUCGACAGUUUUUCUUAAAAAAAGAGAAAAAAUAAAUGUUUUGGUUGGUUGUA